GACCGCCGUCCGGUGUCAGGUGGCCGCGCGCAAGGGACAGCCGCGGACAGCCUCGGGCCACACCGCGCAGCCACUCCCAUGAGCGCUUGGCCGCCUGCCCUGACCAGGGGCCCGGAUCUCGCGCUUCUGCGCCUGCUACUACCCUCGCUGCUCUUCACCUCAGCCCUAUGGCCGGCAGCCCGUGCACGAAACGCCUCGUGUGGCGGCUUCCUGACGCAGUUCCGGGGUCACUUUCAGUCGCCAAAUUACCCCGACCACUACGACGACUCUGCUGUGUGCCGCUGGUACAUAUUCGCGCCAAAGGAGUUUGCCAUCCUCAUCGAGAAGCACGCCAUCGACAUCGAGGACGAUGCAAGCCGGGCGGACUGCCCCUACGAUUACUUGAGGUAUUCUUUUGGAAACUGGAAGAAGACCUUCUGCGGAAAAGGAGCGGUCGAACCUAUUCUCCUGGACACAAAUUUCGUUACAGUCGUUCUCAAAACGGACGCAAGUAUGUCUGGAACAGGUUUCAACAUAUCAUACAGAUUUGUUCUUCCGCCGUGCGUGCGGACGUUCACGUCUGGCGAAGGCCUGCUCGAGAUCCCCGAAGACAAGAGCAAGAGGAACAUGCUCAUUCGCCGCCGGCGCUGGUGCUUCCGCAGUGCUCGCGGAAACAGCUACCAGUUCACCUUCGACUACUUCGACCUCGUCGGCGAGCCUCCAAAGUGCCGCCACAUGUACAUGAAGGUCCUGGAGAAGAACGAGGGCCAGGUGCGCAGCCAUUCGAGGAUGUGCGGCAAACUGAUCCCAGAGCCCGUGCAUACGCGUAGCAGCUCGGUCUCGCUGCUUUUCCUGAGCGACCGCCCGCUUGACAAGAACGGACUGCACGUCAGCUGGAAGGUGUUCGGCUGCAACGAGGAGCACCGCGCGGCUGCCGGCAAGCUGCGGUUCCCGCGCGAGGGCAUCUACACCGCCUAUCCGGCGACUUGUCGUUGGACCAUCUACGCAAACAGCGACCAGACCGUCGAGCUCACGGUCACCAGGCUCAACCUGCAGCGCUGCGACCUCGAAUACCUCAGGAUUUUCGAAGGCGAGGGUGAGCGUCGCACGCUUUUGGACGACGUGUGCCGGCUGGACUCCCCGGUGGUGAUCACAUCUACCCGCCGCAUUAUGACCCUCCAGUUGCGACUACACGCUCUACGUCGAGACGCUGUCGAGGCUGCUUACCAGAUGAGGGCCACGCCAUGCGGUGGCCUGUACGAAGCGAGCGAGGGUUCAAUCGUGUCACCAGCCGACUUAUCCGAAGCGGAAGGCGGCCUCACCUGCGUCUGGACUAUUCGCGUCAGGAGCAACUACCUGCCACGCGUCGAGUUCAGGGAGUUCGCAUUCAGCGAGUCUGAAAAUUGCUCCUCCGGAUACAUCGAGGCCUACUUCCUGAACCAGGGCAGCCACAUGCAGCUGAUGCCCCGCCGCUGUGCGGCCGAGCCUCCGCCGCCCGUGGUGGGCAUCGACAACGAGGUGCGUGUCAAGCUGCACGUCGAGCAUCGGGACUCCCACACGCACUUCAGACUGAGAUUUCGAUCAGUGUGCGAGACAAUGGUGAUCGCUAACCGGACCGGUGGCAUGUCGCAGUCCUUCGGCUUUCCCAAGCUUUACGAGCACGAGUCUGAGUGCAGCUGGAAUGUGUACGCGCCAAAGGGCGAGCGACUGGCGCUGUUCGUGACCGACCUGCGGUUCAGCAAGAGCAAGUACUGCGCCACGAGCACGCUCACAGUGGCGGACGGCACGCAACCCACGUCACCCGUGUUGGCCACGCUGAGCCGGCCCGAGCCCCGCGCCUUCCUGUCGAGCGAGGACGCCCUGUCGCUGCGCAUCUGCGGCGGCGUGGUCAAGUUCGUGUACAUGUCGGUGCCCAGCGAGACAUGCAGCAAAGCGGAGCAGCCCGCCACGGAGCCGCCGCACCGGGAGGUUUCAGCCAAGUCAAAGGCUGCUGACACGUCGGUCGUGUGGGAAGAGAUCGACCAGACCCCAAGUUGAGGACGCGUGUCCGGGCCCGUGCGGUCGCCGGAUGCCGGGUUGGCUCGUUAGAAUUGCACAACAAUGUAGGCGGGUCUGGGACACGUGAGCGCAAGAAGAACGCAGCACGAAACAUAUGCGCCGUAUCAUCCACUGCGCCACUGCUUUUGCAGCGGAUUUAAGGACUCUGGGCUUCCUCUCGGUCAACGACUGGCGCAGCAUAAGAGCCGAUUGCUGCCAGCAAGCAAACCUGCAAAUGUUUCGUAGCAGUGCGCGUCCGUUUGGAGAACGGCAUCGCGUUUAGUAUAGUAGCACCAGUGCUUUAGUCAGAUCAUUGCGGCGCAAAUUAAACGUGUACGACGGAGCGAAACCUGACAGUAUAGGUGGGCAGGCUUUAUUCAAAUUUUCACUGUCGCCACAAAACAAACGUGCGCGUACUCACUUGUGCAGCAUUGUGAAAAUGGUGACUGGAAUACUGGAAUCUCCUGUUCAAAGUUGCAAGCACGUACGAACGACCAGUUGAUGUUUUCAUUCCAAAAGUAUAGUUAACGCGGAUAAACAUCGAUUGUCAUGAACCACUUAGCGUCAAAUAAACUGUAAUUGCAUUCGGUAAAUCUCCUGCUCACCACUGCGGACCUUCACCUCUUAAUUGCUGUUAUGGAGGUACUACAUAUUUGUGCAAAUUUUCUUUACGAUAAAAGAGCACGCUCCACCACUUGAACGUCUGUGUAUGUGCAUAUGUUUAAGCCGCCAAAAGACCAGCAGAAACCAUAAGUAUUCUACGGGGGGCAGUGUGGCGUUAGUAUUUGAGACAAACAAAAAACGAAGAAAAAAAACUGUGUGCGAUGCGAGGCGUUAUUUUUGAGCGAGAAGAAAUACAACAUCUCAGUAUAGAACGUGAGGUGCUGUGCUAAUAGGGUCUGAAGGCAUGCAUGAUAGAGUUCUUUGACAAAGAUUGUAAGAGCACCAAUGGGAGUCAAUAUAUAAAGCGCCAAUAGUGACGGCGCACUAGGAAGGAACAAAGACAGGAGAAGGCGCUUCCUGUCUUUGUUCCUUGUGCCGUCACUACUGGCGCUUCGUCUAUUGAAAGCUAUGCACCAACUAGCCCCACAACGUGUUUUACUGCAAUACCAAUAGGAGCGACUUGCACAAAACAUUUCACUCAUCGUUGAAAGGCUUCGCUACAAAGUGAGUAAGUUACUGCGACCGGAGUUGCCGAAUGAUCAUUACAGCAAAAUAUUAACCUUCCUACUCAACAACUUUCUGUGCGGCAACUUAGUGGCGCCGCUUCGCGAAGUUUUUUAACCGUGAGUAAAUUUAGCCACGGUAAAACGACCUCAAAGGUCUUUUGCGGUUUAGUUAUUCGUAUUCAUGUCACGGAUUGGUAUUCACGUCAUUUUUGAAAUUGACAUUGAAUCGAAUGCAGCCACACUCUUAAUGUAAAGCCCCUGUCAGAAAUUGUAUGCGUGCCUGUGCCAAUGAAAAUAAAUGGAUCUAAAAUUUUGCAAUGCAGGAAACGUUGAACCACACUCUGACUCAAUUGAUUGGCUUGUCUUAACGGACACGUAAUCGUUUAAGCGGCUUUUAGGUCGAAGCGGCUGUCGAGACUCCCCAGAAUGGCCGACAAAAAAAUAAUUA